AUUACAACAUUUUAAAAUAAGAAUUACUAGUUGGAUUUUAUAAAUAAAGUAUAUUUGGUGAAGUAAAGAUGGAUAGAGGAGAAAGAAGAUCAGGAGAAGAUUCAGAAGAAGAAGAGUAUAAGGUUGAGGAUCUUCAAGAAACUUCCAAUUCAAAUAAAGACUCUAAUUGGAAGAAUCGGUUCAAGCUGUUGAGGAACUACUCUAGUCUUGACACCAGUGUUAGUGUUAGAAUUAGAAAUAAUGGAGAAGGGAGAGAGAGCACUACAAGCAGGGGACGUAGAGAUCACUGCUAUGGAUAUGUUAUUCAUCCUGAUAAUUGGUGGUACUUAGUGUGGACGCAAUUCAUACUGAUAUGGGCAGUGUACUCUUCCUUCUUCACUCCUCUGGAGUUCGGGUUUUUCAGAGGACUCCCCGAAAACCUCUUCCUUCUGGACAUAGCCGGCCAAAUUGCUUUCCUCAUCGACAUCGUUGUUCUCUUCUUCGUUGCCUAUCGAGACGCCCAUUCUUACUGCAUCGUCUACGAUCGUAAACUCAUUGCCAUUCGCUACUUGAAAUCUCGUUUCCUAGUGGACUUGCUUGGUUGCUUUCCCUGGGAUGCUAUAUACAAGGCUUGUGGCAGAAAGGAGCCAGUUAGGUAUAUGCUAUGGAUUAGGCUGAGCCGAGCCCUUCGGGUGACAGAAUUUUUUGAGAAGUUGGAGAAAGACAUCCGUCUGAAUUAUCUGUUUACAAGGAUUAUAAAGCUAUUCGUUGUUGAACUAUACAGCACUCACACAGCUGCCUGCAUCUUUUACUAUCUGGCUACUACAUUGCCUCCAUGGGAAGAAGGUUAUACAUGGAUAGGAAGUUUGACGAUGGGCGACUAUAGCUAUGCACAUUUCCGAGACAUUGAUCUCUGGACUCGGUAUAUCACAUCAUUGUACUUUGCCAUUGUUACAAUGGCAACUGUUGGUUAUGGAGAAAUUCAUGCAGUCAAUGUAAGGGAAAUGAUAUUUGUGAUGAUUUAUGUCUCUUUUGACAUGAUUCUCGGUGCCUACCUGCUUGGUAACAUGGCAGCAUUAAUUGUAAAAGGAUCCAAAACUGAAAGGUUUCGGGAUAAAAUGGCAGAUCUUAUAAAGUAUAUGAACCGAAACAGGCUGGGGAAGAGCAUAAGCAAAGAGAUCAAAGAUCACGUCAGAUUACAGUAUGAGAGCCGUUAUACUGAAUCGUCUGUUCUACAGGAUAUUCCUGUUUCAAUUCGAGCUAAGAUUUCGCGAAAAUUAUACGAGCCAUACAUCAGGGGAGUCCCACUUUUCAGAGGUUGCUCGCCUGAAUUUAUGAAACAGAUUGCAAUCAGAGUACAUGAAGAAUUUUUCCUUCCAGGGGAAGUGAUUUUGGAACAGGGUAGCAUGGCAGAUCAACUGUAUUUUGUCUGUCACGGUAAAGUGGAAGAACUAACAAAAUCAGAAGAAAAUGAAACUGAAGAAUCUCUCUUGGAUCUUCAAACUUACAACUCUGUUGGUGAAAUUUCCGUUCUAUGCAACAUCCCAGUCCCUUAUACAGUUCAAGUUUCUGAACUAUCUAGACUUCUACGAAUUGAUAAACAAGAUCUAUUGGAGAUUCUGGGAAUAUACUUCUCUGAUGGGCGUGUGAUCAUCAAUAACCUCCUUGAGGGAAGAGAGUCAAUUCUUCGGAAUAAGAUAUUGGAGUCAGCGAUAACACUAAAUAUUGCAAAAAAUGAAUCUGAGCUGGCCAUGAGGUUGAACUGUGCUGCUCAUGAUGGAGACUUGUAUCGAAUAAGUCGUUUAAUUGGUGCAGGAGCAGAGCCUAACCGAACUGAUUAUGAUGGAAGAUCACCUCUGCAUCUUGCUGCAUCCAAAGGACAUGGAGAUAUUACAGUUUUCCUUAUCCAAAGAGGAGUGGAGAUUAAUGCUAGAGAUAACUUUGGCUACACUCCAUUGCUUGAAGCGGUCAAGAAUGGCCAUGAUCAUGUGGCUUCUUUGCUGGUGGAAGCAGGGGCACUACUAGGUAUAGAUAAUGACGGGACUUACCUUUGUGAGGCGGUUGCAAAAAGAGAUUUAGAGUAUUUGAGAAGACUUUUGGCCAACGGCAUCAAUCCUAACUCCAAAAAUUAUGACUCCCGAACACCGCUUCACCUUGCUGCAUCAGAAGGGUUGUAUCCAAUUUCAGUAUUACUGUUAGAAGCUGGGGCUAGUGUCUUCGUGGUGGACAGGUGGGGAAAAAGUCCACUUGAUGAAGCUCGAGUAGGUGGAAGCAAGAAUCUUAUUAAGCUACUGGAAGAUGCAAAGGGUAGUCAAUUAUCAGAAUUUUCUAUGAGCUUUGGCAAAAGUCAAGAGUCUCCUAUGAAGUUGCAGCGAGUUAGAUGCAUAGUAUUCACUUCAGAACCUAGGGAUCUCAAAGAGGAGAGAAGAAGAGGAGUCGUUCUAUGGGUACCUCAAAGCCUUGAUGAGCUCAUUAACGCAGGAAAGGAGCAGUUAAGAGUUUCAUCAGCAAAUUGUGUAGUGUCAGAAAAUGGAGCCAAGAUUCUGGGCACAAACAUGAUCUCUGAUGGUCAAAAGCUGUUUCUAGUUAGUGAAAGCACAUUAAGUUCUUAAAACAGUAGUAUUCAACAUAUUGUGAUUUCCUCUGAGAUCUUAGAUAAAGGAAACAAACCAAUAUAGUUGUAAUACGUAAUAGCUGAAUAGAUUAUGCAGUAUUGAAACCUAAUAUUGGAGCUUUCUCAUAACAACAUGCUAUAAACUUCAUCACUGUGAUUUAAAAGCAGCAUGAAUAGCAGUUACGGUUGAGGAGAGCACAUGGACCCUGGCUAU